AUGUCGAAAAAUAAAUUGAAUUUAACACUACCUGCUGGGUCUAUUGAACCAGCACCGGUGGUAUCUCCAUCGCCACCAGUACCUCCUCUUCCAAGCUACCCGGAACCACCUGUAAUACCUGACGGUGUAAUGGGAAAAAUCAGCAUUGAUGCGAUACAAGAAAGAUUAGAAGAGUUAGAGAUGGACGAGGAGCAGAGAAAACGCUUGGAGAGUUUCUUGGGACAGAAGGAGCAAGUCGGCGAGCUCUGUGAUGAUGAUUUUGAAAAGCUGGGCGAGCUGGGUGCUGGCAAUGGGGGUGUUGUUAUGAAAGUCAGGCAUAAAAAAUAUGGUUUGAUUAUGGCACGGAAGUUGAUACACUUAGAAGUUAAGCCGGCGAUUAAGAAACAAAUUAUUCGGGAGCUUAAAGUACUUCAUGAGUGUAAUUUUGCUCAUAUUGUUGGAUUUUACGGAGCAUUUUACAGUGACGGAGAAAUAAGUAUAUGUAUGGAGUACAUGGACGGUGGGUCACUGGACUUGAUUUUAAAAAAAGCAGGCCGUAUACCCGAGCCAAUUCUCGGAACAAUAACAUCAGCGGUUCUCAAAGGACUGAGUUACUUGAGAGAUAAACAUGCAAUAAUGCAUCGUGAUGUUAAGCCAAGUAAUAUAUUAGUUAACAGUGCUGGGGAAAUUAAAAUAUGUGACUUUGGAGUCUCGGGACAGUUGAUUGACUCAAUGGCUAAUUCAUUUGUAGGCACUCGGAGUUAUAUGUCGCCUGAAAGAUUGCAAGGUACUCAUUAUUCGGUACAAAGUGAUAUCUGGUCACUGGGAUUAUCACUCGUUGAAAUGGCUAUUGGAAUGUACCCGAUUCCACCGCCAGAUACUAAAACAUUGAUAUCGAUAUUUGGACCGCAAGUUGUUCAAAAUCUAGAAAAUACGACUGCUAAUAAUAAAUCGACACCUACACAAUCGCCAGCUCAUAGUAAGAUUAAUUAAAAAAUUUAUUUUUCAUAUUAACACAAUCUAUAUUAUUACAUCUUUAAAAAUAUCAAUAAUUAAGAAAUGACCUUGUAUCUCAUGAACUAUUGACAUUUUUAAAGAUAUAAGCUCAUCCCGAUGUUACACUCAUCAAGACCUUUCAUUUGAGUACCCACAUCAAUUUUUCAUAUAUUUAUAUAUAUUAUAUAUACUAUAUAUAUAUAUGUAUAUAUGAAAAAUAUAUCAAAAAUUGAUGUGGGUACUCAAACGAAAGCUCUUGAUGAGUGUUGCUAAUAUAAAUUACUUACAUUAUAAUUUUUUUUUAUUAUAGGUGCAAGUAGCCCACGACCUAUGGCAAUCUUUGAAUUGCUGGACUAUAUUGUCAAUGAACCGCCUCCGAAAUUACCAGCUGGGAUUUUUACAGACUCUUUUACUGAUUUUGUUGACCGCUGUUUAAAGAAAAAUCCAGCCGAACGUGCUGAUUUAAAAACACUUAUGAGCCAUGAAUGGAUCAAAAAAGCUGAAUCCGAGAAUGUAGACAUCGCAGGAUGGGUAUGUCGAACAAUGGAUCUGCAACCCACAACUCCAACUCGUUUAGCGAACGUACAGUCUUGA